UUGAUAUGAAGUUGCAGCCAGCUGAUUUAGGCUUCGCACAAAGAUUGGAAACAGGUGGAGGUCACAGUAGUCAGACUACAGAGUAGUGUAGUCCAUCACAUAGUUCAGCUUCAUCAUGGCUGGGAACCUGCAGCUACUCAUCCUCAUGUGUUUCUUUCUUGAGCUCAAAGCACAAGACCUUCCUCCUCCUAAUUUGAUGGUGAAUCAAACGGAGAUUGAAGAAACAGACUCAGUCUUUCUCAACUGUCAGACUCCAUCAUCUGUUUCUGUGUCUCAAUGUUAUUUCAAGUUUUUAAGAGACAAACCAGCCAAACUUUUCUCCUGUCAGGAGACACUUUCAGCAACUGGACUUCUGUCACUGACACAGCAACGUUCACCUGCUACAGUUGAAGUGACAUGUUUUUACCUUGAAGGGUUUUCAUCUCCAGAGAGUAACAUGUUGACCAUCACCAUACACAAGGUUCUUCCACCUAAACUGACAGUGAAUCCACAGCUGAUCACAGAGACAGACUCAGUCUCUCUGAACUGUCAGCCUCCAUCAUCAGUUUCUGUGUCUCAGUGUUAUUUCAACUUUUUAAGAGACAAAGCAGCCAAGUCUUUCUCUUGUCUGAAGACACUGUCAGGAACUGAACUUCUGUCGCUGGUACAACAACGUUCACCUGCUACAGUUGAAGUGACAUGUUCUUACCUACGAGUGCAUCAGUCUGAACACAGUAACAUGUUGACCAUCACCAUACAAACUCCUCAGCCUAAACUGACAGUGACUCCACAGCUGAUCACAGAGACAGAGUCAGUGGCAUUGAUCUGUGAGACUCCAUCAUCAGUUUCUGUGUCUCAGUGUUUUUUGUUCUUUAUGAGAACAAACACGUCCAGAGCUGUCUCUUGUCUGAAGCCACUGACAGGAACUGAGCUUCUGUCGAUGUCACAGCAGAGUUCACUUGCUGAGGUUGAAGUAACAUGUUAUUAUACAGUGGAGCGUAGAGGAGAACAACAUCCAUCUCCACACAGUAACAGCUCCUCCAUCAGCAUACUGAAACUGACGAGCACAAAUCCAUCCACAACAACACAGGAGACGACGACCCAGACAAUCACAUCUUUCAGAAAGACCACAGGUCAGACUGUCACUAUGUCACGUAGCAGUUUUGGUUCACGAUCUACUUCCCUAAAAGAAACAGUUUCUAGAGGAACUACCAGACCUGGUACAGGUGCUUUGACCCUGGGCUUGUUUCCUGUCACCACACCAGAGCCAUCUUCAGAUCUGUGGAUGUGGAAGUUGGUAGUAGUUGUGCUUGGUUUUGGAGUGACUGUGGGCUUCAUCCUACUGGGAGUGGUAUUAGUUCAUAUCAAAAGAAGAAGUGGGAAGUGUAGUGACAAGAGAUCACAAGCCAGUGUUAUUGGCGAAUCUGUGAACAUGACGAGUGUUGAUCCCGGAGAACUGUUACCUGCAGGGAAUAUUGAGUCCUACCAUGUGAUCAGCUCAUUUCCUGGUGCCAACUAUCCCACUGCUGGAUUUGAUCAAAGGAAUACUGGACAGUCGUGUGAAAAUGGGAAGUCUGAAGUAUACCAUGUGUAUGAUGUAAUCCCUGAGGAGCCAGCUGCAGUAGCUCUGGACAGUAACACCUACAGCACUGUAAUGAAACACUAGUAAACACUGGAAGACCUGCAGGAUUAGUAUCAGGGAGAUAUAACAUUUAUUUAUUUAUGUAUUUUUGGAAUAAUGACAAGUUUCAACAUAGCAACAAACAUCUGCCACCUGGUUAGUAUGUUUGUAAAGGCUUCAUACAGAGCCUAGUACAUCAUGCAGAUACAGAACACAUAUCCUGCCCUCUGCUGUUGAACAUGAGCCUUGCAUGUCCACUGGUCCGCAGGCUUUAUCCUGUCAGAAACAAAUGUUGUCAGUAAUCAUCCAGGCAGAAAACGUUAUUUGGGGACAUUAAGUGUUAUGUACAGUAACAUUCAUAGCUUUGUGUCUGCCUUUUUUUUAUAUCAUGAAUAUGAGUUUAUCCAUAUACUGUAUACAUACAUAAACAGAUUUUACCAUUAUUUACAAAUUUACUUUUUUUUCAAAAGUAUUGAUAUCUUGAUUUGAGAAAUCGAUUUUCUGGUAACAGUAUCGAUAUUUCAGUAUUGAUCUGCACAUCCAUCCAUUCUCUGAUGAGUCACAAUUGUUUUGGAGUUCAUAGUGUUGCUCCUGAUCGUUGCAUAUCAUAUCAUAUGAACAUGUCAUGUAACAUGCAUCAGUGUUAUCUAGUACUCUUAUUUGUAUCAUGAUUAGAUGUAUAUGUAAGAUUUAGUCAGAUGUUUGUAUCAUUUUGUUCCUCUUCUCUUCUCUUCUCUUCUCUUCUCUUCUCUUCUCUUCUCUUCUCUUCUCUUCUCUUCUCUUCUCUUCUCUUCUCUUCUCUUCUCUUCUCUUCUCUUCUCUUCUCUCAUGUUUUGUCUCUCUGUACCCAUCCGGCCUCAAGCAGACGUCCCUCUCAUAAGAGCUCAACAUUUCUUCCUCUUAAAAAUCAUUUUGAGACAAUGUGGAUUCUUCUUCAUACUGUAUAAAUAAACGUAAUUCUGGGUGGAGUUUGCAUGUUGAGGUGUGAGACUGUGUCUGUGGUUUGUCUCUGGGUACUCCGGUUUCUUCCAGCAACCCCCACAACCCUAGUGAGGAUAAGCGGUAGUAGAAGAUGAGAUGAUUGUUGUGCUGCAGUGUGAGGACAUUUACAGAAGUGUGUGUCUGUGGCCUGUUGAAUGCUAUUAUCUCUUUCUCAUGCUUGCUGUGGUUUCCUGCCAUUAAGUAUAUAACGUGUCAGUGACUUGUACGCUGACGCCAGAAAACUUCCUGGAGAGUAGUAUU